AUGGAGCAUAUCGUUGAAGGGGUAAGCAUCACUGCGAUCGAUGGGACGAUGUUUAUUCUGGAAUCCCCGAGAAAAAAGCAGUUGAACACCAACAUUCUAAGACCCGUAACAAGGAAGGAUUACGAAAACGUGAGUCACUUGUUGUGGAGCGGUACGAAUUUCCUCAACCAACCCCACCAGCACUACUCACACAUGGCCCAUUUACGGAGAGGCGCGAGGUCGGCCAAAAGAAGUACUUUCCUAGUUUUGGCGCCGCUGUUAUUGUCGGUUUUGAUUGAUUUGCCAAAAACAGCAGCUCAGUCGAUAAACGGCUUACCAGGGGAUCCCCAAAAGCGCUUCCCUUUCUAUGACCAGUUGAAGGAUCCUCUCUUGUUGACGCCUUUUAUUAUGACGGGUGAUCUGGAGUAUGGUCGAAAUUUGAGCCGUGUCAACGGAUUCAAACAGAUUGCCGGUGACUUGGAAAGCUACUCUGGAUUCCUCACUGUCAACGAAACACAUUUUUCGAACAUUUUCUUCUGGUACUUUCCGGCUGAGACCCUGGUUUCUCUUGGAUACAGUUUUACUGCACCUGCUGGUCGACCGAAGUCAUUGGCAGAGUCCACCGAAGACUUGUACGCCGCUUUGGUUCAAUUCUACGCUUUGUUCCCGGUCGUCAGUGUUUUCCCGUUGUAUCUCACGGGCCAGUCCUACUCAGGGAAAUUUGUGCCAUCUCUGGCGCGGAAAAUCGGAACUCGAAAUAAAGCCUUGCGGGCAAAUCAACGACAGUCGUCAACAGUCACGUCGGCCUUGCGAUUGCAGAUGCUGCUUCCGCUCGAGGGAAUAAUUAUUGGCAACCCGAUGAUUCAUCCGAAACAGAAUUUCCACUACGGAGAUUUCCUUUUUGGCCAUGGGUUGAUCGACGAAGUUCAAAGAAACCAUUUCGAAUUGCGAGCCAACGAGUCUGUCCAGCUGGCUGACGAGGGAAAAUGGGAGGAAUCCGUUGACGUAAUGGACCAGCUAAUAUUCGGGGCGUUCCGCAACGACACGUACUUCAAGCGCGUCACGGGUUUCGACCAGUACCACAGCGUUCGCGGUCCUCGGGACACGUACUUGUUCACUCCGAGUUACGCCGCAGCCGACGCGUUUCUCUCGUCGGUCACAACCCGAAGGAACCUGCACGUGGGCGAAAUGCCGUUUUUCUCAUUCAGCGAAGAGACCCUGAGGAACUUCAAGGGCGACAUGGCCCAGUCCCAGCUGGAGAAUUUGGAGUUCGCCUUGGAUAAUUACCGAGUGAUGUUGUACUAUGGCAGCCUGGACAUCAUUUGCAACUUCGAGGCCGGCCGGCGAAUCAUCAACGAUGCUAGGCGAUGGAACAGGUACGAGGAAUGGCUGCGUACAAAUCAAAAGCCCUGGAAAGCGAAGUUUGCUGACUUGGUGCGAUAUGGCUUCGGUUCGGGUCAUGGUGACACCAUGCCACCGUCACCAGCAAACGUCAACGACGAGGUUACUUUCGGUUACGUCACUCAAUUGCCGAAAAUAAACAAGAGCCGCAACGAUUUCGUGUUUCUCGUCGUACUUGGUGCUGCGCACAGUGCCUUGCAAGACCGCCCAGAAAUCAUGCAACACGCAGUCGACACUUUCCUCCGACACGGAAAAUUCUGAGCAUCUGCAACAACAAUAAAAUUUCAAAUGACUCAUGACGCUUAAGGAUUCGGAUUGAGCGUAAUAAUUCAAGAAUGGCACGACAAAGAAAUGCAGAACAUUGUUUUCCCGCAAGAGGAGUACAUGUGAGACCGAGGGCAAGAAACAUGAGAUUGAAUAAGUUUGAGAAAUUUUUACAAAAGGACUCACCACUGAAUUAUACAAAAUUUUCUCCAUGGGUUUCAAGUGAUCCUGUCAAAUUUCAAAUUACUGAAGCCAUUAUACAGUAUAUGAGUUAGUUUCGACAAGUUUUUUGGACUUCAAAGAAAAUCAACGACAUUGAAGUACUGUACUUCGUUCUUAUAAAACUUUCCGAAGGAUUACAACAGAAAUAACCUUUUAAAUCGCCCCGAGAAGAAUUUCAUUCAGGAAUCCAAAUGCAGGGCUAUGCGUCAGUUUUUCGAAGAUGAUCUUCAGUGAAAGACUCGUCCAAAAUUCCGGUGGUUGUACAAACUCUUGUCAACUUUGUGGCUUGAAUAAAGGACGAACUCCUUGCGAGGCAUUUGCACACGUACGUGGCAGAUACAAGA